AUGGUAAAGGCAGAAAAACGGCGUUGGUCGAGGCGGGAACGCCCAAAACGCCGCAACGAACGCCCCCAGCAGAAGGUCAAGCCGGAUGGAAAGCCACAAGACGGUAUAUGCCCGUUUCCUCGCACUCUCGUACCAUUUCAGGAAAAUGGUAGAACUGGAAUCUCUUUCCAAAGCAAGUUUAAGCAAGAGUCCCUGAUGAGACAGAACUCAAAUUCCUCACGCAGCUUCCAACGACGCAAUUGUGCAUAUCGAUUCCAACCGGAAAGAUGGAUUUCAAGACAUCGUUGCUCAGAGUCUGGCUCGGCAGUAUUCGUGGCCGUACGCCGGCACUCAAGGAACAGGUACGAGGGUGACUCUCGUCAGCCAGCCGUUUCUUGCCCCGAUGGCGGCGGCGACGGCGGUGAUGGCGAGUUAAAAUCCAGCCACGAAGUCAGGGUUAGAGUAGGGCUCUUGAAUCUUGAUGCGGUUGAGACGAUGCCAAUUGCUCUACUCAUUUUGGUCAUCACCGCGUUUGCUGUUUUGGGCGCUGUCGCGUGGAGAGAUUUUGAAGCUUCCACCAUCGCGAGUUUGGCCGGCGGUGAUGUGGGUGGACGUUGUUGGGUAAUUAUGAUGAGGUUGAUGCGAGGCCUGUUGAGAAAAGAGCUCGCCACAGUGGUGCGAAGGCAGGUGCAAUCAACCAUGUCAAAUGGGCAAAACACGGAAGUCGUGGCAGGAGCGACAGAUGUCGCUUUGAAUUUGUAGAAACAGAAAAUCACAGCUACUCAUUUCCAACAGAGGGGUAUAUAGAUAUAGUGCGGAAAACAGUAGAACAAGAAAACAAUAAAAGAGUACAAGGAAGGGGUAAUCAACAUUAGUAAAAAGACAAGGAACCCGCCAUGUGAGGUCCUGUGCAAUCCCAUACAUGUAAAAAUCAAGGAAACCAAAAGAAAGAAAGACCAGAGCCAGCCUAUGGAUAUCCCGCCCCCAUGGUGCCUGCCAG